AUCAGGCAAUCCAUCCCAACAGUAUCAACUGAUCCGCGCCCUAACAAUCCGCAACCUUUAUGUACCCAACAAGGCAAGGCCAAGAUCCAUUCCGAUGGACCCCCUAGACGAUAGGCGAAAGCGCAACAUCGACCCAGCCCUGCGUGGCCCAGGUUCUGGGUCGUCUUCGACAACGACGACUUCUUACACAACCAGCACCUCCACCUCCAGGGGCUUCAACUUUGGCGUGGGCAAUUCUCUCCCGCUCCAAGCCCAAGAUAGCUCCUUCGGAUUCCCGCCAGGGUCGACCGUCUCGUACGGCGGCGGCGGAAGUGUCGGGCCCGGACCCCGCGGCGCCAUGUACGCGGGCAGCCCCACGAUGUUUGGGAGUAGCUCUGGCGCGGACGGUACCACGACUUGGUCAACUGUCCCGUCAGACUCCCAUGCUGUGUUUCCUUCGACGUGGCCCCCGCCUCCGUCAAAUUCCUUCACGGAGUUCCAGAGGAGGUCUGACGAGGAGAUGGAGAGGGAGCAGCGGCGUUGCUUGAUUUUCGCGGCGGUGAUGUUUGCGGUGGUGGUUGGUAUCUUCAUUGUCUCUUGGUUAGCUGGAGGCGACGGUGGGACAGAGACUGGGAGUCGCAGCAGCACUAGUAGUUGGGGGUUCUGGAUUCCCCUAGGUCCGCUUUGGAUCGGAUGGGGAUCGGAAGGGUUUCGGUGGGCCUUUUCUUUUUCGUUUUGAUAGCUGCGAUGGGGAUCCACUGCGUGGGGGUAGAUGCUACCAUCAUGAUUCAAACGUACAGGCAAGAUGAGAUGAGUUGUUGCGCGAAGAACGAUGAAAGGAGAGGUCUAGAGAGAGAUGUGUGAAGAGAGCCCGCUCACAUAACGUAGUGGAGAGCUCUCUGAGACAGCAGAGCUACUUCGUGUUUCCCAACCUAUGCGACAGUUGUAUCGGAGAGGGCUCUUGCUACCCGUGUUUGGGUAGGAAGAGAAAGUUGAGAAGGGCUAGACUGAGGGGAGCGAGAAGAUUUCUCUGGUGUGUACGGUAUUGUCGUCUGAAGUUGUUUCUUCUACAGAUGUACUUUUCUGCCAAGAGACGGUCUAAGUAGUGCACAUCAGGCGAUUGGGCGCGCAAAUCCGCAUUCCUUUUUCAACAGGUCACGCCCCAAGCUCUGAUCCAUACGCAUUAUCAAU